UUCUUGACUGCGUCCUCGAACUUUUUUUUUUCUCUGUCCCGCUUAGAAUUUCGACAGCUUCAGCGGGCAGUGAGAAGAGGCAGCCGCCACUUCCUUACAUUUUGGUUGAGUAAACUCGGCCACCGCAGCCACAAUGUCGUCCUUUUUCACAGUGCCCGGUUCCCAGAAGAAGAGGAAGAGGGCCACGGCGCCAGACGCACCCAAAAAAAGGAUCGUUCCGUCCGCAAAGCCCUCAGGCAGGGGCCCCUCCAAACCUGCACCAGCAGCAAAAAAGAGGAUUGAGCGAGAUGAGUCGAUAUCAGGUAGCGACUCGGACGACUACGAAGGCGACGAUGGGCUACCGGAUCGGAGCCUGUCGGAAAAUGGUUCAGACGGCUCGGAUAACGAGGGUGAGACCGUCGCGGAACGGCGGUUGAGGCUAGCAGAAAGGUAUCUGGCCAAUGUUCGGAAGGAAGUGGAAGUGGACGACGAGUACGGCUUUGAUGCCGAGGAAAUUGAUCGGGACAUUAUUGCAGAGCGAUUGCAAGAAGACGUCGCCGAGUCCAAGGGCAAGGUCUACCGCCGGUUGACCGAAGAACUCGACUUUAAGAAGGCGACACAUACCCUCUUCAGAUGGAACGCAGAGACUGUCACAUCCGUGGCAAUAUGCGCCCCGCAUGCGUACACCACCUCCAAAGACGGCCUACUCGUGAAAUGGAAGCUCCAAGACCUGCCCCAAAACCAAUACCCGCAAACGACGAAGAAGAAGCCGAAGAAGCCCCCGGCGCCGCCGAGGCGAAGACCCGAGAGGAUAGUCUCUACCAAGGCAGACAGCAGGAAGGCCCAAGACAAGACCUUCCAGGGGCACACGGGCCCCAUCCUGACCGUCGCUGCCUCGCAGGACGGCAAGUUCGUCGUCACGGGCGGCGCGGACCGGAGGCUCGUGGUGCACGACGCAUCGACGCUGCGGCCGAUACGGGCCUUUACCCAGCACCGGGACUCGGUGACGGGUCUGGCCUUCCGGCGCGGCACCAACCAGCUCUUCUCGUGCUCCAAGGACCGCACCGUCAAGGUCUGGUCGCUGGACGAGCUCGCCUACGUUGAGACCCUCUUCGGCCACCAGGACGACUGCGUCGACAUCGACGCCCUCGCCCAGGAGCGCUGCAUCAGUGUCGCGGCCCGCGACCGCACCGCCCGACUGUGGAAGGUCGUCGACGAGACCCAGCUCGUCUUCCGCGGCGGCCUGUCGGAGAGGAAACCACUCCUUCCCAGCACCGCCCCCGGCGCCGCCGCCGUCCACCCAUACUCCCUCGCCCACGAGGGCAGCAUGGACCGCGUCGCCAUGCUCGACGACGAGCUCUUCGUCACUGGCAGCGACAACGGCGCCCUCGCCCUUUGGGGCAUCCACAAGAAGAAGCCGCUCCACAUCAUUCCCCGCGCCCACGGCAUCGAGCCCCCCCUGCGGCCCGACCAGGCCUCCGCCGACGUCAGCCCGGACCCCUCCGUUAUCCCCCCUCCGCAGCCACGGUGGAUCACCGCUCUCAGGACCCUCCCCUACUCCGACGUCGUCCUCAGCGGCUCCUGGGAUGGCUGCGUCAGGGUGUGGCGCCUGAGCAGCGACAAGAGAAAGCUUGAGGCCGUCGGCGUCCUUGGCCGGGGGGGCGCGCCCGGCCCCGACCCGGCCGAGGCCACCACCAACGGCACGACGGACCAGGAGGCGCCGCCGCCGACAAACAUCAACAACAGCAGCAGCAACAACGGGUUCGCCAUCCGGGGCAUCGUCAACGACAUCUCCGUCGCCGAACGCGGCGACAGGGGCAAGGACGGCCUGUGCGUCGUCGUCGCCGUCGGGAGGGAGCACCGCCUGGGGAGGUGGACCGUGUUCAAGGGCGGCCGGAACGGCGCCAUCGUGUUCGAGGUGCCCAGGCUCGCCAGGGCGACCGAGACGAACGGUGCCGUUCACGAGGAGCCCGAGGCGGGUGGCGAGGAGAAGUCAUAGGUACAUACCUACAUAGAUACGGGCCUCGUACAAACACAAGAGGGAAAAAACUGUAUUUAAUAGGGGUUAGUUACACUUGACAUUGCCUUGUUGGCCCAUGUCGAAUUCAAAUUUGCUCAAAAUGAUUGCCAACGCUCCAUGCCGAGUUAUCACGCAUAAGAGCCCCACGGUUAUUACUCGCUUCCCCCUUAUUCAUUUCGUGCCACGCGUUCAUGUACAUCUUGAUAACGGCCUCCCAUUUUGAUUGCGCUAAUUAGAGCGAUAUGCCAUGCAUGUACGAACUUCUACCAGAGACAAG